AUGUCUGGCGUCAUGGAUCCCCCGAUAGGCUCAAUCGUCACUGUGCCGCAGGGCCGCGGUGUGGUCCGUUUCAAAGGACCAACGUCGUUCAUGACCUCUGGGAAAUGGGUUGGAAUUGAGCUGUAUGAGAAGAACGGAAAGAACGACGGAUCUGUGGAGGGAAUCGCGUACUUCAAGUGCGAAAUGGGGUACGGUGUUUUUGUGAGACCAAGUCAGAUCCGAAGCAUACACGGCUCAGAGCUCGACAACCUGCCCUCUCCAAGACUCCCGUCGACUGCGCGUCCAGCUGGGUUGGGCCAUCAACGCACUCCAAGCAGCAGCAGUCUCCUCCGUCGCAACUCUGUCAACAUCAAAAGUCAGCCAUCAUCCAAUGCCUCCACCCGGUCAGCCAGUCCAGCAAAGCCUUCAACCUCAUUAGCCGUGCCCCCCUCGCUGUCUCGCUCUACAGCGAGACCACCACCCGUAUCCACUUCGUCGCUAACGUCGCCUCUUCAGCACCGCAAGUCACUAAUAACCCGACACUCACCAUCGCAGGACAUCCCACCUUCUUCUCCCAACCCUGCCUCGCGCAAUGGAUCCACAUCACCAGUCAAACCCUCCGCAUCUUCCCAGCCAUACUCCGUCAAACGGACAUCUUCUCCCCUAAGUCAACCACCCCUCCAAACAAUAUCCCAAGCACAAAGACCACCUUCCCGUCUCGCUUCUUCUCCACCCCCAUCACCACCCCCAACCGAACCCGCUCCCCCUCCCCCACAGCCGCCCCCACCUCACGAUGACACCGAGCUCCAAGAACUACGCGCCAAAAUCCGCGUGCUCGAGGCAAAGCGCACCGACGAAUCCCGGCACAUCCGCGAGCUCGAGACGCGUCUCGCCGACACCGAAGCCUUCGUCGCCGCGCGGCCCAAGCUCCAAGCCAAACUGACGUCCCUGCAAAGCGAGCUCAUCGCCACGCGGCGCGAGCUCGCUGACGCCCAGCAGCUCUCGCAGCUCGCGGAGAGCAGGGUGAUUGAUGCGCAGGAGCAGCUGGAGAUGGUUAUGUUGGAUAAGGAGGUCGCGGAGGAGAGGGCGGAGCUGGCGGAGGCGGAGUUGGAGGAUGUUAAGGAGAAGCUGGCCAUUUUGGAGGUUGAGGUUGAUGUGCUGAAAGAAGAGGGCGCGGAAACGGGGGAUACGCCUGCGAAAGAUUCGAUGGCUUACAUUCAGCUUGAGAAGCAGAAUGAACGGCUAAAAGAGGCUCUUAUAAAACUACGAGACAUGACCCAAGAAUCCGAACAAGAGCAGCGACGCCGGAUAUCUGAAAUGGAGAAAGACGUGUCAGACGCUGAAAACCUUCAAGCGUCCUACGACGAAGCGAUGAUCAAGCUCGCGAACGCCGAAACCCAGAUCGAAGAUCUCAAACUCCAACUGGACGACGCGCUCACCGCCGAAGACAUGCUCGUCAGAUUGACCGAACGCAAUCUUGUUCUAGGGGAGAAAAUCGAGGAGAUGCGGAUUACCAUUGAAGAUCUCGAGGCGCUCAAAGAGCUUUCUGAUGAGCUUGAAGAGAACCAUACCGAGACUGAGAAACAGCUGCAUGAAGAUCUAGAGGCGAAGGAGUCUCAGAUACGAGAGCUGCAGCGGAAGAUCGAUAGUUUGGAAGAGACUUGCCAGGACUAUGAAGGCACUAUCCAACAAUUCCGCGAUCUCGUCAUGCAACUCCAGACCGACCUAGACCAACUACGCACGCAGACACAGACGGCACAGUCAGAGUCAGCGUCGGCAGCAUCGCAGGCGGCUAAUAUCAUGUCGCUCAACUUGAAACUCCAAUCGUCUGCGCAGAAGAACCAGGCGCGGACGAUUGAUCUCGAGGUGAAGAGUAUAGAGGCCAAGGAGUGCAGAGAGCUGUUGAAUAUCGUCCAGCCCUACCUACCGCAACUAUACGUCGAAUCCGACAGCGACGCUACGAGCUGCUACCUGUUCUUCCGCCGUAUGGGGUACAAAGCCGAUCUGAUCAACAACGUCGUAGCGCACAUCCACAACCUCCCCGAAGCGCUCAACGGGGAUGUCACAGAUACCAUCGUUGGAGUAUGCGAGAUGAGAGGCAGGAUAUCAGGACUUUCGACGCUAUGCAAGCGCUUCGCCGCGGUGCUUCGCAGAUGCGACGUCGAGACGUUUUUGAAUAUCGGGAGAUUGUACCCUGAAAUCGCGCCCUUGGAAAAACGCAUCGAUAUGCAUAUUGAUUUGUUGAGGCGCGAUGAGUUUAGGGAUAUGGAGUGUGUUAAUGAUAUUGUCAAGAUACAAGCGCAAUUUGAUCACCUCGCAGAGACGUACUUUGAUGGAUUCGACACUGACCUUGCAGAGCGCGAGUUGGGAUAUGUUACGGCGUUUGACCACGAUUUGGAUAUGUUCGCUGCUUCGAUCGGGUUGACCAGGACAUCUGUCGCUAGCGUCAUCAAAGAAGACGAUAUCACACUGGAAAUGGGCGGUUACGAUAUUGACCAAGAGUUGUUCGAGCCGCUACUUGUCCUCAUCAACCGAUGCAAGAGUGCAAAGACUUUGUCCAAGAAGUUGAUCAAGAGGCUGGAAGAUCUGGCGCAGGAUUCGGCUGCUGUGAAACCGCAUAUUAUUCCUCAGAUGAAGGCUUUGAGCAAUUAUGUUGCUGAGAUGGUCAACUUUGGCAUUUCGCUUGCCCAACAAAUUCUGCCGCAUUUGAAGGACGUCCGCGCGCUCAAGUGUCCGUUCCAGUUGACGUCCAUUUUGGCUGUGGUCAAGCAGUCGGCGACGUCGACUGUUGCGCCGGAGAUGAAGCCUGGUGCUUCGGCGUGGGAGGCGGUUGGGGACUUUAUCAGCUUGUUGAUUGAGGAGAGCACCAAGCUCGUUCAGCCUGUAUCUGAGCCUGAGAAUGUACUGAAGAUUACUGGUAUUGCACCGUGGGUCGCGAGAGUGGCGGAGAUCAAAGCGGCGCUGGCUGUUAAUGUCGAAGCUGAACGCAAAGUGUCGUCGCUGAACGACGAGAUACAAGGUCUCGCGCGGACACUACGCACGAAAGACCAGACGAUCCAGGAGUCGACGGUGAAGAUUGAGCUGAUGGAGCGGCGGCUGGAGGCGGUGAAGAAGCAGGCGGACACGAUUGUUGAGCUGGAGAAUGAGCUUGCGAAGGCGAGGAAGCAGGAGCGGGCGUAUGAGGAGGCGAUGGAGCAGUUGCAGGCGGACUUGGACACGCUGGAGCAGGAUAAUGCCAAGUUGAAGACGAUGACGGCUGGACAGGAGAGGCAAUCUGUUGGGCCGAUGCAGGUGGAGACGGAGAAUGUGCCUGUUGAAGGUAGUUUGGAGACGUCGCAUCUCCUUGAACAGAUCGAGGCAUUGCGUGGGACGGUGCGGUUCCUCCGAACUGAAAACUCGUAUCUCAAAGGACACGACCUCCUCCGCGAAAUCGAGACUCUUCCGCCGCUUCCCCGGCCCGUCGCACGCACGCCCACGCCGCCGCUGGUCGUAUCAGGGAACUCGGACACAGAGGAUUCGGACGCAGAGGAUCCCCCACCUGCGCCGACGGUGCUCUCGCUGUCGACGGAGACGAAGCGGCUGUACCGCGAGGUGAUGGAGUACUCGUCUGCGCCGCGGGUGGUGGACCUGUCUGUGUUGAAUGCGAAGCGGGCAGAGGCAAAGGGGGGCAAGGUGUGGCUGCCGCGGAAACAGAUGCCUGGACAGCAGGUGCUGGAGCGGAGGCUGCAGGGCGAGCGGCUAAGUCGACGGGUGCAGGGGCUGCUGGAGAAGGCGAGGGCUUUGUAG